CUGCCGCUGCUGGGAGCUGUAGUUUGCCACAGCCUCCCGCCCGGAGCCGCGGCCGCGCCGUGAGGUGCCUGAUUGAUGCACCUCACCUGCUCUGUUCAUAUUGCAGUUUGGAGAAUGUGAGGAGCUGCCAAGAGAAAUCAGUAAUAUUUUCACUUCUGCUUCUUCAGAUGCUCCUGCCCUGGUCUGUGCCUUUAGAAGAGUGAUUGUUGCUGGUGCUGGGCAUAGCCUCCUGCAGGCAAGAUGGUGGCGUUUAACUGGAAGGCUUUGGAGAAUUUCCCAUUGUUGAUGUACAUUUUGGCAGCUAAAACACUGAUUCUUUGCUUAGCAUUUGCUGGAGUAAAAAUAUACCAGAGCAAAAAAAUUGAAGAAAAACUGAAGAGGGAACGUGAAGAGAAAUUGAAAGCAGAGGCAGAGAAGAAGGAUGACUGAAGAGUCUCUAAGAUUUCAUGACACUUGGCAGCUUGCAUUGGAUUCUUUUCCUGGGAGAACGAAGCCUUCCUGUAGAGAAAGGAUGUGUCAAUAGAAUAAACCCCUCAAAAGUAAUGUUCACUUAAAUCAUAUCUCAACUUUUUAUACGUACAGGAAAAUAUAUAUGCUUUUAUUUAUGCAAUAAAAAAUCCUUUGUUUAAAAAAACACAAGAA